CAUCAAACAUGUCAUUUCCCUAAUUUCAUUUCUAUCAAAUUGCUGUGAUAUUGAUUUUAUCUGAUAAUCGUUUAUAUCUGCUUACAAAUAAUUUAAUUUUGAAUUAAAAUAAUUUUAUGAAUUACCUAUCUAUUUCUUAAGAAUAUAACAUGUGUCUAAUAAAUAAGAAAAUACCACUUAAUUGUUUUCUAAUCUGUGUGAUGUGUUCAAGUAAACGCUAAAAACACAAGAAGCUGGGUAGUGGAGGCGUUGAAUCUUACCUGUAAUGACUUGAUGAUGGUCUAAAUCUAAAGCUGUUUGCAGGAGUACAUGUGUAACUGGGUUUACACAGAAGCAUGCAGGGUACGACUUAGGCUAUGCGAUAAAAAUGGAGGUGGUCAAUAUGGAAGAGGGUAGAUAUGAACAAACAGACUGUCUGCCCGGGAGCAGUGCAGACAGUGAUGCUUCAAGUAGCAUCUUCGAAAGCAACGACAGCAGUGAGCCUAUAAGUGACAUAGACAAACCUUCAGACGAAGAGGAUCUGAGAGAGGAUCUACAAAAGAACAUACCUAGUUUUUAUAAGACUGAUUCAAACGCAUCACAAUCAAUCAACAUCACAGAUGACGAGGAGUUCCAAGCGACAGCUCUCUGUCAGUUUAUGGAUAUAUUGAACGAUUUAGAUGAAGUGCUAGAUAAAUCUUUGCUCGCGUGUCUAGAUGACGGCACGAAGUCCUUCGACAGCGAUGACGACGACCUCAUAUGUAAAAUUAAAGAAUGCAUCGCAGGCGCAGAAGAUUCAGUAUCACAAAGUUCCGUAGAUGACACCACGCAAGUCGUCAUGGGCCCUAUUGCCCAAACCUCGCAGUCGACAGAAGAGGUUGACAUAACGCACAGUGAUUUGUCACUGCCGAGACUAAAUUUUGGACGUUCCAAAAGCUAUACAGAUUUGCCGAGGAGUAACAGUGAUAUUUCUGCCUUGUCUUUGGAACGAGCGAACACUGUUGAUGACAGUUUACGGAACUCAAUGAGGAGGUUGGACCCCAUUGUGUUACCGGCAAUCAGUACGCAAGAAUCGUCGCAGGCUUCGUGCGAGCCUUUGACUUUACCUGUUAUACUGUUUGUUGAGCAUCAUGUGAAUAUGCGGCCGACUAGUGCGCCUAUACAGCUUCAAGUUUCGGCCGCCAAUGUCAGUAGUGAUGGACCGUCGGGGCCAUUGAUCGUGGGUCGCAGAACGCUGCUCAUGAAUAGAGCUUUAUCGUUGCCUUCGCCUGGAGACAGUGAUGUUACAGCUAUCGACUGGUCGGAGCGCAACGCUUCCAGGAAUGUGGCUAGAAGUGCCAGUGGUUCCAGCUCCUCCAGCGGAUCUUUAAUCGGCGUAGUGCCUAUAACUCCCAGUGCCUUCACUACUUCUGAGGACAGGAAUGAAGAGAAUGAGGUGCCUCCGUUUGGGGUGUGGCCUCACCGGUUGAGUGCCAUGCUGGCGUGCCUCAGUUGUACCGUGGGAAUAUUCAACAUCUCUAGAUUUGCCAUAUUUAGUGUACAUUUUGGAGCAAGUUUCAUCAUUCAAUUUUUCAUGUUGUCCCUCAUAAUCGGCAUACCACUAUUCACAUUACACCUAUGCCUGGGGCAAGUUUUGGAGGCGGGUCCCGUGGACAUGUGGCGCAUCUCCCCCAUAUUCCAGGGGGUGGGGGUGUCGCUGCUGCUGACCCAAGCGGUCAUAGGGAUGUACAGCAUCAUCGGCCUGUCGUGGAUAUUUGUUUACUUCCGUGACUCGUUCAUCAAUUCUGAUGAUAGAUAUAAAUGGGCGCUGCCGCAUGAGUUUAGUUUUGAAGAUAUGAACCAUAAGAAUAGUACAAUAAGGAUCCAAGAGACACUACCACAGUAUUUCCACGGGGAAGUGCUACAACGCAAUUUGAAUUCAAACUCGUUCGGCACAAUAAAGUUUCAAGUGGCAUUCAACUUGGCCGUAGUUUGGAUGAUCGUGUUCGUCUCACUCAGCAAGGGACUGAGGUCGUACGGCAAGGCUGUAUACAUGCUCAUAUUUCUACCAAUUUGCGGUACCUUAGUACUUUGUACUAAGCUUCUAACCCUCAUACCUUACGACGCAGUCACGAAUAUAUUCUCCGAGACUGAGUGGGGCGAGUUUUUUAUUAAUAGUAAUAGUUGGGCCGCGGCUGCCCAAGAGACAUUCCUAACGUGGGGUCUGCUGGGCGCGUGUGUGAUGCAGCUCACGUCUCACAAGGACGUGAAGAACAAGACCAACGUAAUGCUGCAGAAGGAGAGCGCCUGUAUAGUGGCCUUCACCUUCGCCGUACUGUUGCUUGGCUCGUUUCUGGCUAACACGUGUGUGCAGAUAUUGAAGAACCAUGGCUUUCAUUUCGUACCUAGCAGUUUUGAAACAAUCAAAUCAUCACAAUUCCUCUGGCCAAUGUCAGAGCCUAUGCCUGGCAACACUGUGUCUACCCCAGUGCGGUAUAUGGGGCACUACGGCAGUCUAGUGGGAGUCACCGUGUGGAAGACUGGCAACACCGUGCGAACACUCAGCGGCUGGCAACCCUUACAGCUAGCAACACAAAUAGUGCCCGCGACUUUGGCCGUGUUACCAGCUAAUGUGUUGUCACCGGCGUGGGCGGUGAUAUUCUACUUCAUCCUCAUAAUGUUCGGCAUCGCGCAGCAACUGGCGAUAUGGCACUGCGUCAUCACCGGCGUUAUGGCCAUCAACGCGCGCGCGCUGCGUGUGUGGGAGACCACCAUCACCUUCCUCAGCUGCGUGUUCGGGCUCGCCGUGGGACUGCUGCUGUGCACUGACGCGGGCAUAAAAAUAGUCCACUUCAUAGACUACGUGUGGGUCGGCAGCUGGUGGCAGUGCGUGGUGCAAGUGGCGCUGGCCGUGGGAGUGUUCGUGGUGCGCGGCCGCCCCUACUCGCCCGACGCGGUGGUGGCGGCGCUGUACUCCGCGCGCAGCCGGCUGUCCGCCACCCUCGCCGCGCUGCUGAGCUUCACGUGGACUGUGGUGCUGCCGGUGCUGCUGUGUGCUAUAUGCGUUAUGGAUUUCCGUGUAGGACAACAGCGUCAAUUGUACACUUGGAGAAAACCUAUUGGGUACUGGGCGAUCUGGGCGCGGCAGGCGGGCGUGGCGCUGCAGCAGGCGGCGCUGCUGCUGGUGCCGCUGGCGGCCUUCGUGCAGACCUGGCGGUACAUCUCCAAGGGCCCGCCCGACAUACUCGAGCGCGUUCAAAACCUGUACCGGCCGCGUAUGAACGAGGCGGGCGAGACUGUGCCGCCCACCAACCCAGUCCGCGACGCGCCCGUCCUGGAGCCUGCACCCGACCCGCCGCCGAAGUACACGCCGCCGCCUUCCUACUCCACCGCCACGGGCGCGCGGCUGCUCAACACGCUGCGCCGCAGCUUCAGGACUCUGAGACGGAUAACAUCGUCCCGAGCGGAAUCUCAACACGACGACACAUCACAAAUACCAAUCACACUGAGCGAGAGCAUCGACCGACAGUCGCACACUAGUGCUGUGCCCACCCUCACCGUGACCGACGAAACCGACAGCACCAGAACAAUACACACCCACCCCAACACUAGCGCAAGCACGCACCAACUCAACAGAAACAGACCAACAUCUUCGCGGAACUCCUUAACAUUAACACGGGACUUCUUACGGAGGUCGUUCGUUAGGAAAAGCGAUUCAGCUAAAAGCAUACGCUCCAGUUUGCGCAGGAGUUUCAAAUAUGGCGGUGGCUUGACAACAAGCCACGAGCACUUGGUUAGGGAUGUGGAGCCUAUAUCGAACACUGUUGCCAUGGCGACCGUUGAACCGACUUCGCAUACGAGGAGUUUGGGUUCUGUUAUAUGAAUUAUUUUUGAACCGCCUAUAAUGUAGUCUAAGAAAUUGUGAAAGUUAGGUUAGAGAUCGUCAAGUUAUAUUCUGAGUAUGAUCUCGCUGCAGGUCGUAAAUCGCUUUUUCUUCUAUGCUGCAUAAUUAUAAUAUUAUUAAUUUCAUUUGCAAUUCCUUUUUGCCCGCGACUUAGCGUUAAUGUUCAGCGAUAGUCUAAAAGUUAUUUCUGUAUCCUUUUGGCGACUACUUGUUUCUAGAUGAAAGUCUGUCUUCUGUACUGGUACAGAAUAUCAGUUGAGAACUUGAAUUCAUAACAAAGAAAUAAACUCUCAUUUGCAUUAAUGGCGGUUUUAAUCAAUUUACUAUUCGGGACGGAUGACUCAUUUGACUCGUUUCAUUUUUUUUUAUUCUUUACAAGUUAGCCCUUGACUACAAUCUCACCUGAUGGUAAGUGAUGAUGCAGUCUAAGAUGGAAGCGGGCUAACUUGUUAGGAGGAGGAUGAAAAUCCACACCCCUUUUCGGUUUACACACGACACCGUUUCGUACCGGAACGCUAAAUCGCUUGGCGGUAAGUCUUUGUCGGUAGGGUGGUAACUAGCCACUGCCGAAGCCUUCCACCAGCCAGACCUGGACCAAUUAAGAAAAUCUCAAACACCACUGCGCCACGGAGGCCGUCAAAUUUCAUGCAUUUAUAAAUCUAUCAAAUCUAUUAAUUUAAUUCAUUCGUUGUGUAUUUGUCGAUAAAAUAAUUAAAAUAUGUACAUCACUAAUAGUAGCCAUAACACCCUAUGCGUGCGCGUUUUGAUGCUCGCACUUUUAAAUGCGGCGCCUGCAGCGAGAAGUAUAUACUGUAGUAGACAAUACUUAAAGGAUUUUAUUAAUUUAGCGCACAAUAUAAUUAUUAAAUAAUAAUUGUAUGUACUAUGCGUGGUAAUGGAGAAUCAAAUGAAGCUUCGUUAGCCUUAUCUCGCUUGCACAUAUCCGCCGGUCGCCUAUGUGUAAGCGAGGCAGCAAUACAAGUGUGCGAGAAGUACAUACAGGGUGUUCCGUAAAAAAGGGAUAUAACGCAAAUGGUAGAUACACCACCUGAUUAUUUAAAACUAAUUUGAAUAGUUUUCAAAAAAUCCCUAGGGUGGUCACCCAAAAAAAAUAUAUAACUUGGUCAAGUUAUAUAUUUUUUUUCGGAUUUUAAAAUUUUUCUGCAUAAAAAUAUAACACGCUAGUGAUUUUUUCAAAACUAUUCGAAUUAGUUUGGGAUAAUUCGAUGGUUUAUUUGUGUUUUAUCCAUUUAUUAUGGGACACCCUGUAUAUGUAUAUGAAUGCUAGAUAUCCAAUCUAAAAUGAAAUGAAAAAAUCUAUUAAAUCUGUCAUAAUAGAAACGUUUAGUUUAAAGACAGAAUUCGUGAUGAUGUUUUAAAUUAGGUAAAAAUUGUUAUUAAGAUGAAAUUAGAUUAAUAUUAGAUGGUAUUGAUAUUAAAAAGUGAAUCAACAUGAAAGGGCUCUAAUUCGGCAGUGUAUUCGAAUAAUUGUUUGAAUUUCUCAUUUUAUCAAUUCAAUAAUUAUAUAUUAAAUAAAUACUCGUUUAUUUUUUUAUUACGAAUCACAUGAAAGAAAUCAUCACAACCAUAUUGAAUGUACCUAAUAUUGUGAAAAGCGUUACUAAACUCAUUUUUAACUAUUUACUUUAACUAUUAUUAAUAAAUAUUUAGAUCCUUUAAUAUUUGGAUCCUUUAAGUAUGUUAAAUAAAAAAGUUCGCGGUUUCGUUAAGUUUAAAUAACUUUACACACAUGAAUUAAAAAAUGUAAUUUGUUAAUUUAUAAUUCAAUAGUACUGAGAUAAAACAGUAUUUAGUGAACGAGGGAAUCUCACUAGAUUAAAAUUUUACAUGCCAUGUAAGUUAGUUAUAUGUUAGACUGAGAGACGGCGGAAUUUUGUCAGUUCCUAUUGAACUGCAGAUUUUUACAAUUAUUGAGUACUGAAAGUUAUCUGUGUAGAUAAGAAAUGUGUGGUGUAGAUGUAUCCAGAGUUGCAUAUUAAUUUGGAUUUAAAAAUUAUCAGAGCAAAUAUUCUUUCGAAAAUGUGUUUCAAAAUUUUGUAACUUUGAAGUUAGACUGAAGUUGCCAGCGUAUUUUGUACAGCGUUGUCGUUGUACAAAGAUCAUAGAGUUUGGCUAAUGAAAGUAGAGACUGAAAUCGUCCGCCAAAUUUAAAAAAUCUGAGUAAAUUCUCAAAAUGAUAGUGCUUAGUUAUAGUAUUUCCAAAUAUUGGAAAUAUAACUGAGUUUAAUACUUGCAGUCGUAAGUAGUAAUGUAUUCACAAACAAACAAAAAAUUUGUACAAAUAAUGAAAAUUCAUGUUUUUUUUAAUUUGAUUAAAUGUUUUUUUUAAUUUGGCGGGUGAUUUCAGUUUCAGCUUUCAUUAGCUAAACUCUAGUCAUAACAUAACAGCCUACGCCAAGUCACAUUGAGUUCUCGAGUAAAGCGAUUUGGUGGUUCUACAAAAAAUGCUGUGAGUAAUGGAUCUCCACGUAAAGAGUAUUCAUGUUUGUUGAGUCCUGUAUCCUUAUUUAAUUUUUAACAAUGUUAAUAAAAUACAAUAUAUAAUACAAAACACAAUUAAAAUAAAUUACUAUUAUUUAACAAAAAGGCAUGCUGUAAUCUCAGAUAUUAAUGUGAUUUCCUGUAUACAUAUAUCACAAUUAUUUUAUACGUAUUUGUAUUCGUAAACAUUAUUUGUAAUUUCUUCAUAAUUUGUACAGCAAACAGGCAAUAAUUUAUUUUCUCAAAUGUGUCCUAAUCGAAUAGGAGAAUCUACGCCGUCUCUGUGACUAUUAAUUAUUAUUUUUUAGGUACUUAAAAACAAUAAUAAAUUGGAGCUUACAUUAAAAUGUAAAACGAAGUGCUAUUAAUGUUAAGGAUGCAUUUUGUAUAUGAAUUAGUUUUUUAAUGUUUAGCAUUUUAGAAACAAUGUGUUCUUGUUAGUUUGUACUUUAACGCGUUAUGUGAAAUAAUAAUAAUUGUAUGAAAGUGUCACCACAUUGUCAGAUUUUGUUGAUAUGAUUGAAAUUUUAAUUACUAAUAAAAAAUAGAAUAUCAUGUUUUGCGAUUUUCCGUCAAAAUCAGACAAAUUACGACAAGUUACGGCUGAUAAAUCUGACUUAAUAUACAGGGAGUCUCUUAAUUAAUGAAUAAUACGCAAAUAGUAGAUACACCACAUAAUUUUAUAAAACUAAUUUAAAUAGUUUUCCAAAAAUCCCUAGGGUGACCAAGUUAAAUAUAUUUCUUUGGAUUUUUAAUUUUUUUUUUCUUAAAUAUUUUUUUUCAAUGCUGUAGCUGUUUUAAUUAAGGUUUAAAAGAUCUGAUUUUUGUUAUGCAUUGCGAAUUAAAUUACCAAUGUAUUGAAAAUUCAGCACCUCACCUACACUUUUACCAGCAACUUUGUAAUUUGGAUAUUUUUGGAAAACUAUUCAAAUUAGUUUUAGAUAAUUAGGUGGUGUAUCUACCAUUUGCAUAUUAUACAUUAUUUACUUAUAUACUGUGGUAAUAAUACACGGAUUUGUCAGUUUUUCGUAGAAAAUUUCAAAAAUACCAAUUGUUAAAAGUUUUAAUGGAUUAUUGUAUUUAUAUUAAUUUAAUACAUGUAUUUUAUUUGUAUAAAAGGCAGUUGCAUAGAUGAUAGACACUCCCCCCCCCCCCCUCCAAAUAAGUAAUGUACUUAGUUUUUUUUUUACAACAAAUAGUGUAUGAAGAAUGAGAGAAUUUUGAGUACAAUGAAUUUAGAAGUUAAGUGAUUUGUUUUAUAGUUUUGUAGUUAGUAAACAUAACGGAUCGUGGAAGUAAAUUUUAACGUAGAUAGAUGAACGGUAAUAAUAGUUUCUAUGAGUUGCUUAAUGCAUUACUUUAUACACUGGUUUUCUUAUAAAGUCCAAAAUAUACUCAGAGACACAAUUAUCCGCCCACUUUACUAUACUUUCGUCAUAUUAAAGUAGGUGGAUAAUCGUGCCUCUGAGUAUAUCUAAAACUAUUUAAUUUUUGCAUUUUUAAAGGAGAAAUAGGCUUAUGACCUAAUUUCUAUUAAACCUAAGUUCUUCUUUUUUCUUUACCACCAGAUCUGAAAGUAUAUAUUUUUGGAGAGUUCAUACCAUUCAAUCUUUGAUUCUGGGUUACUUAAUUUUAUAUUAACAUAAUAAAAACCCUGUCCUAAUAUACACGUUGUAUUACGUUAAGGACAUAUUGAGUAUUCUUUCGAAUUAAGUUCUUUUAAGUUUAUAUAAAAUUUCGAGUAUUUUCUCAUCACAUGAAAACGAUAACUGCCAAUUAAAAUUUAGUCUUAUAGUGGUAAAAUGAAAUGGUGAGCCAUAUGAUGAAAAUAUUAUUUAUAUUAUUAAGAAAACAAUUGAAGAAAAUGAUUGUGCAUAUUUGGCUUAUAGCCUCACAUAUGUAAAGGUUCCUUUUGUGCAUUUACUGAACUUGUGAGUCCACUUCGUAUAACAUAAUGUUUGACAAGAUAUUUUGUUUUAUCUUACAAUGUUAUAUUAUUGUUAAAAAAUAAGCUGUUGAGCUUAUUUGACAUUCAUUAUUUAUUCAUUGUUAUAGACUUCAGCCUUCUGUUACUGUGAAUGAAUCUAUAUUGUCAAAAUAGCAAUUAAUUAGGUAUUAUUAAUUUACCUAUCAUAAAUUUUAAAGUGUACUAAACAUUAACGUGUUUCCCAUUUUCUAAUAUAACUUUAAAAAAGUUUUUCUCCAAUCUUCUCAAGGGAAAUCAAUAUUAUUAUUUAUUUAAAUAAUCACAAUUUAUUUACUAGCAAUACUUUUUUACUUUUUUGUUGUAUAAUAAUGUCAUUUCAAUCAUGAUAACUGAUUUACGAGGUUUUCAUGUAUUUAAUGUCCCAGACAUUCCAAUUUUUUUUUUGUAAUGAAACAGUAAUGUUGAACAUGUAGUGAAACAGUAAUGUUGAACAUGUAGUGAAACAGUAAUGUUGAACAUGUAGUGAAACAGUAAUGUUGAACAUGUAGUGAAACAGUAAUGUUGAACAUGUAGUGAAACAGUAAUGUUGAACAUGUAGUGAAACAGUAAAAUUGAACAUGCUAAUGUCAAACAAACUUGAGCUGGACUCAUAAAAAAUUGGCAUCUUUAAAAUAUCUUUAGUUCUAGUCAUAACACAGCUUCCACAUAUUUUGCAUAUUAAACAUCACAUAUUAGAUUAUAUUUUAAUAUGAUUGCGCACAUUUUAUUCGCACAGUGUGUUUUACUUUUAUCGUAUUUUCUAUUUACAUUCCUCUUUAUUUUAAAUGAUAGGUCUACUUCUAAGUAAAUAAUAAUAAUAAAUGUUUCUUUUUAUUA